AUGCACAAAUUCAAUAACAAGAAAUUUUCAAGUUUCGGAAUGAGGAUGUUUUGUGAUUUGCAGCAUCAUCAUCAAAAUUAUUUGAUAAAUUUGCAAACAAGAACAACCACAGUAUUCCAUCCACAACAUCAUUUACACAAUUAUUUAUCAACAUGUUUCAAUCAUUCAAGAAACUUUUCCCUCUCGCUCCACUCAUUCCGAAAGAAGAGUUUAACUGAACGCAAUGAAACCACAGUCAUUAAAAUCAAAUAUGAUCCUAGGAAAGAACCAACUCCCAAAAAGCAUCAAAUUGAACAUAAAUUUCAUCAAGAACAUUCCGAACAAACACAACAUUCCAUUCAACAAUUCAAUCAAAUCAUUUCUCAAGUCGAUGUAAACAAGACGACCAAACAACUCUUACAACAACUCAUUGAGAAACGGUUUGCUCCAUUCAAAAAGGCAAAAGAAGAACUCUCCGAAGAAGAACACUUCUUCUUUUCCAAUUUGAUGGACUCGGAAUAUAUGAAGAAGGCUCAAUCCUUGUUAGAGAGACUUGGUAUUGAACAAACACCUUUGGAUCAAUUUGUAAAGGCAAUGACUCAUAUUAGUUUUAUUCCUCCAUCCAUCUAUUCAUCUACCUCAUCCUUCGAGUCUACAAAUUCUCAAAAUAUUAAUAAUUCUCAGAGCAGUAGCAGUAGUACUCUUCAGGAUCCAUCAAGUGUUCUUUCUCAAUGUAAUGACGAAUAUCAACCGAUGGGUGGGCAACUCUUCACGACCUUGUGCAACAAAUUCAUGUAUCUCUUUUUAAAGUACAGAGAACAACGACAGAAUACCUCGGAGAAGAAUUUGAGAUGGUUUUUAGAGGAUGCUUUGAAUAUUGAGAAGAGAGGUUCCGAGUUUGAAAUUCAAUUUAAUUAUUUCAAUCGAUUGAGGAAUGAUAUUUUGCAACAUAUUGCUAAAGAGAUUGGAUUGAGUGAAUUUGUAUUGUUUGACACUUCAAGAUUAUUGGCCGAAGCUCCAAUGAAUAUGUUGAAAAACUCUACGACGACAACUGUGAAUGAAGAGGGUUCUGUUUCUGCUUCUAUCCCAAACUCUGAAACAACAACAGCUCAAAACAAUGACUCGAGUAGUACCACUAAUUCAAGCGCUAAUAUGGAGCCAUUGAUGAAACAAGAACCAUUUAUUCCCAUUGAAAAGCAAUUGGAAACGAUUGCAAAUGCCAACGCUGUGAGGGCUGUGCUGUAUCUUGUCGAGUCACAGUACGAUUUUAAUAAGGUCUCUCAACUCUUUGAAAAUAUCAUGAUUCCUAAAAUUGCUCAAUAUAUUCAAGCAGAAACCACAGUAUUGAGAGAGGAUGUUCAUUAUCCUCAGUUAUUACAUCACUUGUUACAGCAACAACCUGAAAUGAAAGACAAAUUCUACAUUGAAUAUCGAUUUUUAACACAAUAUUUUGAUGAAGAUGGUAAAAAGAAGGUCAAAGUUGGACUUUUCAUCAACGAUAAGGAAUGGGAGCAAGAAUUGGCUCCAAACUUUACAGAGGCCAAGUUUCUCCUUGCAAAAACAUUUUAUGAAAAUUUACGAAAGAAUCCAGUGCUCAUGAGAAAGGUACAAGAGCAAUUGGCCAAUGUGGAUUAUAUUUAUUCAUUGCACAAGUUGACAGGUGAGAGAAAGUAG